AUGAAGUGGUACAUCAUUCUCUCCACCAUGUACUUGGGUUUUUGCGCUGCAGCCGACCCAACAUGGCCUUCAGAAGUGGACGAACUUGAGGAGAUCAUGUUCCAGCUUACGUCCUUCCGAGCGAGACAAUUCUCCGACACAGUCAGUCCAUGCAGCAAGGAAGCCUCGGGUCCCGGCCGACAGAAUGCUGCUGAAUGGUUGCGCACCGCUUUUCACGAUAUGUCGACUGCCAACAUCGCCUCUGGCACAGGUGGAUUAGAUGCAUCGAUACAAUACGAGCUCAACAGUGACGAGAACGCCGGCCCAGGACUCAGGACAACCCUAGAAUCCAUGGCUCCUUUCUUCAGCACGCAAACUAGUCUGUCCGAUCUAAUCGCCCUCGGUGUCUACGUCUCAGUCCGAUCAUGCGGAGGGCCCGCCGUGGCAGUUCGGGCCGGACGCAGGGACGCAACAGAACGUGGAAAUCCGGGUGUUCCUCAAGCAGAAGAUUCGGUUUCUGAUUUCGCACGGAUUUUUGAGUGGAUGGGCUUCACUCACGAGGAGGCAAUCCAGGUCACGGCCUGUGGACACACGCUUGGGGGAGUUCACACCGCUCAAUUCGCGGACAUCGUCCCUCCGGGAAGUACCACCAACGGCGUCGCGGACCUGGACUCCAGUACAGCUGUCUUCGAUAAUAAGAUCGUGACCGAAUAUUUGAGCGGUAACACUAAAAAUCCGUUGGUUGUUGGUCCUUCAGUCAAGAUAUCCAAACACUCCGACUUCAAGCUCUUCAACUCUGACGGGAAUAACACCAUGACCAGAAUGGCAGACAACAAUGAAUUCAAAGAAGUUUGCAAGGUGGUCCUACAAAAGAUGAUCGAUACCGUUCCCUCCGGAGUCGAACUUUCACGUUCUAUCCUGCCUUACAUGGUCAACCCCGUGGACCUGCAGCUCACGCUCGAGGACGGCGGAUCCAAUAUUUUGCUCACAGGGUUCAUUCGUGUUAAGACGACAGGUGAUCCUGGGGGUUCUAUUGAAAGCGUCACGGUCACGUACAAAAAUCGACAAGGCCAUUCCUCGUGUGGCUCUACGUCUUGCUCUAUCACCGCGACGGCACAGGGUCAAAGCCGGGGAUUUGACGAUACUUUUGAUUUCUUUCCAAUUGCGGCCAGGAUUCCUGUUUCUUCGGGCAUUUAUUCUUUCGUCGUAACCGUUAAUAAUGCUAACGGAACUCGGACUCGGUACGACAAUGGCGGCAAGGAAUACCCCUUACGAGAUGCCAUCUUUCUACAGAAACCCCAAAGCUGUCUUCAGGGGUCUAGCGGGGCGUUGAGGCUGGUAGCUGCUGUUCGCAAUGGCAGAUUGAGCCAGGGCGCAAAGGCAACCAUUUUCUACAAGGUCCCUCAGUCGAAUAGUCCAGUACCGGCCCUCAGGACUACCACUCUCGAUGUUGCAAGAGAAAAUUGCGUUGGAGAUUACACCUUCUUUACUGUUGAGCAUAAAGUCGAAGGUGGGCUAGCACAUGAGUCUCGCAUUGAUGUGAGCAAUGGGGACAUGUCGGAUAGUUUCAAGAACGUUAACGAUAUCGGCGACACCUGCCGCCCCUUCUCUAGCCCACCAUCUUGUAACGGGUAUAUUUCGCCGAGAAGGGUAGGAGGCGUGGUUUCGAAACAAUUGAGGAGAGAGUUCUCGAGACGAGACAUUGGCAGUUGAACCGCGGGCACCAGGAGGUGGUACCAGCGGAGUGUAGGAUCAUCCAUAGCGUAUACAGUUCAGUAUCAC